UCUGGAGGGAGCAAACCGCAGGCACUGUCAGCUCUGUUCUGCUGAGCAGUUUCCAAACCCAAAGUCUUCUUCCUCUCCAGAAUUGAGUUUCUGCUGCUUCUACAGGUGUAUGAAGCGUGGCGGUAGAGUCACAGACCCUAGCAAUAACAUCUGGCGGUACAUUUUGUGGCAACGGAAGUGUGUGGUGCAAUAAUAAGUUCCCCUGUUGGUCUAAAGCCAGAGUGGACGAGUAGCUGCUGUCUUGCUCCAGUUCCAGCAACCUGUUCGAUAUAGUCUUGAAAACAGACAAAUUCGUAGACAAGGACAAUGAGCGCAAAUGCCACCCUUUUGGACCGGAUUGUUUUUAACCCUGUUUUGUGUGAGGGUUGGAAGCCGUAUAUGGAAGGAGCAGCCUAUCAUCUCGGUAAUUUCUUCCUCCUCCUGGGGUUUAUGGGAGGAAGUGGGAUCAUUGGCUCCAUCUACAUCUUAGGCUUUCUGGUCAUUGGCUUCUUCUGUGCUGCUCUCUGGGGCUGGCUGGAUGCUUGUGGGCUGGACAUCUUCAUCUGGAACAUCCUUCUGGUCCUGAUCUGCUUGCUUCAGUUAGCUCACUCGUUUUAUCAGCUCCGUAAAGAUGCGCUUUCUGAAGAAUUUGACCAGCUCUACAAGCAAGUUUGUCAGCCUCUGCAAGUGCCACCCCAGGUCUACAAAGAAAUUGUCAAGUGCUGCGAGGAGAAAGUCCUGCCACUGGCCAAAGACCAGACCUAUGCCUUGGAGGGCAAGACGUCCAUUGACCGCCUGUCAUUCCUGCUGUCUGGCAGAAUUAAAGUGAGCCAGGACGGACAAUUUCUACAUUAUGUCUUCCCUUACCAAUUCCUAGAUUCCCCAGAGUGGGAAUCACUGCCGCCUUCUGAAGAGGGAACAUUUCAGGUAACCCUGACAGCCGAGGCAGACUGUACUUUCAUCUCUUGGCAAAGGAAGAAGCUUUACGCGCUUCUGACAAAGGACCGCUACAUUGCCCGUAUCUUCUCAGUCCUCCUUGGCUAUGACAUUUCAGAGAAGCUGUAUGCCCUGAAUGAAAAACUUUUCGCUAAGUUUGGCCUGCGAUUUGACAUCCGUCUGCCUAGCCUUUACCACGUCCUAGGGCCGGCCUCUUCAGACACUGAAGUGGAGAAAGAACCAAGGGAGUGCGAAGAGCCACCGGUGCCCUCAUGCCACCCACCCACUUUUGUCCAGACAGCUCCUGCAGCCCCUCGCGCUAGAUCUCUUCCAUCCCAUCCCAGAAGAUCUCGGCCUGACAGUGACCUGUCUGCUUCUGGACGCCUCCCGAGGACUAGUCCCCAAGCUGCUGCAAAAGGACAAGCCCCUCUGGCCUCUACUCUGACCCCAGAACUCUAGGGAAAAAUGUCGAAUCACUAAGACCCACUCACAACUGUAUGGUCACUCAAGUCUAAUCAGAAUGAUGCACAUUCCUUGUGUGUUGACAUUUAUAUUGCACAGGCACCAGCAUGACACUUUUCAAGGACAUGCAUGAGACUAAAGCACAGAGGUCGGACAUGCCCCACAGCUUGCUGAUCUGCAGUGGCACCAGUGGCUCCAGAGCAUUUGUACACCUGAAUACUUGCCACACGGAUCUUUUAUUAGGUGCAUGAAACAUAGUGGAAAGACAAUGUCAUAGAUAUCAGUGGGAUUUGCUCUCUGUCAAGGGUCUGUUAAUUCUCUCCUAAUUUUCUGCGGUUUGUCCCAUUAGAAUUAAACCUAAUAGCUAUGGUGGUGGUGGUGAUGCGCAGGCCAGCUGGAAUGCUCUUGGGUUGAGAGAAUUCUCUGCACCCACCCCAUGGAAUACUCUUGACUCAAGGGUGAGCAGUUCCUCACUCCUGCUGCACAAGACUGCAAAGGGUAGAUUUAAACAAGCUCUGUGUAAAAACUGCUAUCUUGGGCAACAGUAGCCUUAGGCAUAUGGUGCAUGGGAACAAGCAAAGCUCUUUUUACAAAGUUAGUUUGUUUUUUUUUAAUGAGGAAAUCCUCGUGAAUGCUGACCAUGGUGCAAAAGUGUCCAUGGUGCCCUCGAGCAUCAAAGGAAAGGGUUUGGAAAAUGGAACAGAUUCACUCAAUGUUUUGCUAUUAUUGGCAUUAUCUGGAUAAAAUUAGAUGAGUUGCUGAUUCUGUAUCUAGAAGCCGGCAUUCUCUCAAGUGGAAGAGGAUGUAUAGUUAUAAGAUCACAUUAUUUCCCUCGGCUAAGGAGACUUACAAUAGACGAUUGGAAUGGAAACACCAGCUUUCUUUUUAGGUUUGAUUGCUGAGUCACAUACAGUACAUCACAAAAGUGAUAUAAGGUGAGAUGAAAAAUAUUGUAAGAGCAGGAAAUAGUUUUGUCAGAACCUAUGAAUGAUUGCUUUUAACCUUGAAAAUCAGUGACCGGAACGGAAUAAACUACUCCAAGUGAGCCGAAACCUACCAUGAACAGAAAGAUAACAUGAGUGUGGAAUCAUGACACUAAGCCAUAAAGCCAAUUUGUCAACAGAAUUUUAAUAUUGUUUAAGCCUUUAAUUGUUUAAGGUGAGGCAGAAUGUACACGUUGUAUAUCCAAAGCCACAAUGCCAUCACUACUGCUUGAGAAAGAUAUAUGGUAGAAGGUAACUUCCUCCAAGGAGACCGUGUUGGGUAGGGAUGCUGUUCUUGGGGAUGGGGGAAAUGCAACAUCACAGCAUAGAUAGAAAUGAGGAACCUCUUCUGGACUUACAGGGGAAGGAAGAGGAUGAAAAGGCUCAUUGCCCCCUCCCAUGGCUCUUCUUGGGAGAACUACAUCUCCCAUAGUCCUAUGCAUACUGUUAGCCAAUUCAGUGGUAAGUUAUAGAAGGAAGCAUGAAAGCCUUCUCCUGCCAUCCACCUGUACUCCUGCUAUUCCCACUGCCACCAAAUAAAAGGGUGGAAGGGGGAGGGUUUGAAGUGGGAUAAGCAACCCAACAUCCUUCUUCUGUCAGUGGACUGCAACUCUCAACAGCCCCCACCAUAAUGGCCAAAGACCAAGCAAAAAUUGUAUGUAGAAUUUCAAAAAUUCUACAUCCAGUUUUGAAUGGAGACCUUGGAUAAGCAGCCAUGUAAGAUUUGCCAGGUUUGCAGCUGCCUGUUGGUGUGAUCCAGACUACAACAGCUGUUGCAUUCCCUUAGACAGAUUGACAUAAUUUUUUUUUCUCAUUAAAACACAUAACAUCCUAUCUGGAAGACACCAGAGUGAGGCAGGAAGGUAUUGCAAGUCCUGCCUUCAUUCUAAUUUGGCCUCAUGAUGAUGUCACCAUGUCCAUGUAUAACAUCGGAAUGUAUUAGGUAAGGCACUGCAAAAGGAUACAAAGAGCUAUGGGAAUAAAGAGUUGGUGAAACCACAGCUGGAAGAAGGGCCAAUUUUCAGUCCUUGUUGUCUAGUUUGUAAUAUCUCCCCUCGAUUUUAUACACACACACACCCUUGUUGUUUUUAGUUUUGAGAGGAUUGGCACAAUUGUGUCCAGCCCAAGUUGUAUUCAAGUCUCUUAUUUCCUCAUUGAUGUCUGUGGACAGCUCUUUUUCACUAUCCCUAGGAACAUUUUUAAAUACUGUAGUUUUCUCAUGUGGACCAGAAAUUGAACUAUCCUGACCGUGUGAUGGUUUUCUCUACCUCUUUUCUGUGGGCUUACCUCCAUUUUUUCUGGAUCAUUUUGGCUUUUGUUGUUGUUGCAGAUUUGAACAGAUUAUCUUGAUCUUUGCACCCAUACCUGGGGCAGUAUUUGUUGCUGGAUAUACUGGGACGCACUGGGUUGUCUCAGUACUGCUUGUCCACACACAUCCAGAGUUGUUUCUUGAGUUAGUCCACAGACUGUCCUCCCGUUUGCCUCUCUUCUCCGCCCUCUCCCCACCUACUUCAUUCUUUUCCUCCCUCCCCUCUUUGUCAACAGAGCAGAGAAGGGAGGAGAUGGACCAAAGGAAAAAUGGCCUUAAAACCCUAUAAUUUAAAAAAGCCACACCUGCUCACGAGGUGAGCAGACCAGCAUGGAACAAUACGGUACGAAGAUCCACACAUGCAGAUCCUGCCUGGGAGCAAAUCAGACCAAAAAAAAGUAUGAUUUUUUCCCCCGCUCCUCUUUGAUUCUAAUCCCAGCACUGCAUUCUGUGGUCAGUGCUGGUGUCAAGGGUGUCCGUCAAGUGGAACAAAUGCUUGGCUCAAAAUGAUUCUCCUUUCUUCUUUUCUUUCUUGACACCCCAUUUCCACCUCAUUCUUUUCCUUUUGAUGUUUCAACAUUCUGUCACACCGAGUCACCUUUGGCCAGGGAGAGGGGCUCUUAUUUCCCCCCCCCCAAAAAAUUGUCAUUCUCCUCAAAACCACAGAAUCACCUGACUCUGCUUCUGCCUUCCUCUUCUGCAUAGGGAUUACAUUCAUCAUUUGCUUGCUAUACUUACAGAAGAAAAACCUGAAUCGGAAUUAGGGUGGGGAAAGCGCAUGUCCAAUAACACUUGGAAAGGGUCACUUUGCAGGAGGGGGGGGUCUCUCAUAAAGCAACCCUUCUGUUCACUGGUGGAAUCACUGUAGUCUGGCUGCAAAAAAGUACUAACCCUACAGCUGGGCUAAAAAAGGUCCAGUUGGGGCAUAGAUUAGGGUCAGGUCUUAAGUGCAAAUCCCUGGAUGUCGUGUGAUCGCUGGGAAACAGAUCCCAUUGGGUCACUCCACAAGUGCUCCAAAAUGUGAGCUAUUUACCCAUAGGAUCAAACUGUUGUAUAGAAUGAUUAUGUUAUUACCAAUAGACUUUGGGUUUUUUUCCUGUAGCUGAGUGGUGGCUACAUGUUGAAGACAGACACAGCUUUUUUUUUUUUAAGGGAGCUCUAACAACAUCCAUGAACCUAUUUCUAUGCUGCCUUACGCAACAGAAAUAACAAGAUGCGCACAGUGGCAAACUAAAUGCUGACUCAGCUGUCAGCUAAUUUUUAAUUUUCAUCAUGCAUUGCAUCACCAGAUUUGAAAAGAGAAAGGUUUUGAAACUGCAAAUUCACUCUGGGGAGUUUGCAAGAGGGAAUUUGGUAAUAUCUGGGGGCACGACAUCAGCACUGUGCACACCAGCCAGUAUUUGCUGCCAACCUUAACCAGCAGAAUGUACCCACUUCCUAGACCUUGGAGACUGAAUGCACAUAAUACAUAAUCCUACCACUGUAUACAUGUUGCUUCUGUCUCGUCCACAGUCGCCUAAUUGACGAGCUUUACUUAAAAAUAAACAUUCUAAAUUUCAAUGGUGA